AUGUCAGCUGAGCCCUUCGGGAUUCUGUAUGUUCUGUAUGACUCAGGGAGACGCGUUGGGCUCUGGGUGGUGGGCGAGGGUCCUGCAGGGAUUUGGGGCCCUGUUCCCAUAAGCUCCACUGCGAGCCAGGCCCCGAGGGGCGAACUCCUAAGAUGCUUCCUUGUAGAGCUGGAUGACAGCAGCCCUUCAGGGGCCUCGGCCCCUUCCCAGCCGAGCGCCGUCACCCUGGAAGACCUGGGGCUCCUCCUGGCUGGAGGCCUGGCCAGCCCUGAGCCCUUGAACCUGGAAGAGCUCUCCGAGAGGUACGAAUCCAGCCACCCAACAUCCACGGCCUCCGUCCCCGAGCAGAACACCGCCAAGCGCUGGAGCCAGCUGGAGCAGUGGGUGGUGGAGCUGCAGGCCGAGGGGGCCCGUCUGCGGGUGCACAAGCAGCGCUGUGAGCGCGCCACGUGGAGCCUGCUGGGCGCGCUGCUGCAGGUGCGGGCCCGCCUGGAGCUGCAGGGCUCGGAGCUGAGGCAGCUGCGGCAGGAGGCGUGGCCGGCGGCCCAGGCCCCUGAGAAAGAGGCACUGGAGUUCUCUGGCCUGCAGAACCAGAUGCAGGGCCUGGACAAAAGGCUGGUGGAGGUCCGGGAAGCCUUGAGCCAGCUCCGGAGGAGGCAGGCACAGCUGGAGGCAGAGUGGAAGGGCGCCGAGCAGGAGGCCGGCCUCAGGCUGGCCAAGCUGACCGACUUGCUGCGGCAGGAGGAGGAGGGCCGGGAGGUGGCCUGCAGCGCCCUGCGGAAGGACCAGGAGGACAGCAGCCGGAGGGUGGACCUGGAGGUGGCCAGGAUGGAGGCCCAGAUGACCAGGCUCGGCGAAGAGGUGAGCCUGCGCUUCCUGAAGAGGGAGGCCAAGCUGUGCGGCUUCCUACAGAAGAGCUUCCUGGCCCUCGAGAAGAGAAUGAGGGCCUCGGAGAGCUCGAGGCUGAGGCUGGAGGGCAGCCUGCGGGGCGAGCUGGAGAGCCGGUGGGAGAAGCUGCGGGGACUGAUGGAGGAGCGCCUGCAGGCCCUGCGUGGGCAGCGUGAGGAGAGCCACCUCCUGGAGCAGUGCCAGGGCCUAGAUGCGGCUGUGGCCCAGCUCACCAAGUUCGUGCAGCAGAACCAGGCGUCGCUGAACCGUGUCCUGCUGGCCGAGGAGAAGGCCUGGGACGUCAAGGGGCGCUUGGAGGAGAGCCAGGCCGGGGAGCUGACCGCCUAUGUGCAGGAGAACCUGGAGGCCGCGCAGCUGGCGGGGGAGCUGGCCCGGCAGGAGAUGCACGGCGAGCUGGCACUGCUCCGAGAGAAGAGCCAGGCUCUGGAGGCGUCAGUGGUGCAGCUGGCCGGGCAGGUAAAGGAGCUGAGUGGCUGCCUCCCAGCCCUGAGCAGCCGGCUGGACCUGCAGGAGCAGAUGCUGGGCCUCAGGCUGUCCGAGGUCAAGACUGAAUGGGAAGGUGCAGAGAGGAAGUCCCUGGAGGACUUGGCCAGAUGGCAGAAGGAGGUGGCCGCGCACCUGCGGGGUGUGCGGGAGAAGCUGGACGGCCUCCCCCAGAAGAUAGAGGGCAUCUCAGACAAGUGCCUGCUUCACAAGAGCGACUCGGACCUCAGGAUUUCUGCCGAAGGCAAGGCCAGGGAGUUGGAGGUGGGGGCCCUGCGGCAGGAGCUGGCCACGCUGCUGUCAUCCGUGCAGCUGCUGAAGGAAGACAGCCCCGGGCGGAAGAUCGCGGAGAUGCAGGGCAAGCUGGCCACGUUUCAGAACCAAAUAAUGAAGCUGGAAAACUGCAUCCAGGCCAACAAGACCAUCCAGAACCUCAAGUUCAACAGCGAGGCCCGGCUGCGCACGCAGGAGGUGGCUGCCCUGAGGGAGACCGUGCUGCGGCUGUGGAGUGAGAAGGGCCCUCAGGCACCACUGGGCAGCCGAAAGGCGCUUCCGUCCCUGGCGAGUCAGCGGGUCUUCAUCAAGGACGUAGCGCCCGGCAACGUGGCACCUGUGAACUGCUGGGGCGUGUACCAGGCCAUGAGGUGGCUGCAGUGGAAGGUGUCUCUCACAAAGCUCAGGGCCCAUCAGAGGCCAGGAGGGGUCCCCAAGAAGCCCCACAGCCGGGAGCAGGUGCAGCAGCUCCCACCCUUGCUCUUUAUCCAGAAGUAAACGUGCUGGCCUUGUUCUCAUUA